AUGGCUGAUUAUCGAUUAUUUUGGUUGCGUGAUCGCAUUUCAAAGAUUCUAGGUGUUCAAGACCAUCCAAAAGCUCUUGAGACACUAAUGAAUGAACGAAAUGAUGAGUUCGUAGCGUAUUUGGAUACAAAUGUUACUGCCGUAACAGAAAUAGAAAAAUGUAUUUUCCUUAUUUAUCGGACCUUCUAUGAUCGAUUGGUAGAACGUGAAGUUGUGUCAAUAGAAAAAGUUCCGAGAAACAUGACACCACCGCCACCAGUUGACACUGACAUAUCCAAAGAAAAAAAAGGCAAAAAGGGAAAAGUGAAAAAAGGUAAAGACAUCAAAGAAGAGUUAGCGGAAGUUCGACCUGACCCUGAUAUCGAGCAAGUCGAUAGAGAGGUUGUGGAGACAUCACGUUCUGUGCCUGAGAAGAAAAAAGGCGGAAAAUCGAAAAGACGGAGAACUGCUGUUGAAGAUGAUGAGCCAGAAGGUGAGACUCCUGAGCCACCCAAGGAACAAGAGUAUAACUACAUCGAAGUUCGGAAAAUUGAACAGUCAUAUGAGAAAACGCCAAUUCUACAUGUUGUGUUUGGUAUGGAAAAUGUCAAGGAAAUCGAGAAAAGUGUCUCGUUUAUAUAUUUUAUAAGAAAAUCUUUAAUUCCCAUACCUCCAAUCAGUACGUUAAGCAAAGCAUUUAUGGAAAUGCCAGAACAAUUCUUAGUUGGAACUUUGAGGGGAUCUUUCAUACACGAAUUAUCAUCUAUUUCGAGAACAGUCAUGAAAGAAAUUCUCCAACUUCAACUUCGUGUGCCAAUGAUACAUGAUAAAAAUAUUUUCGAAACAGCGAGUGGGAAGGCAGAGCAGGAGGAUAAUAAAAUAAUUGAUUUUUCUCGACCUUCUGAUUAUCGUGUGAAGGCUUUAGAAGCAAAACAAAUUGUUAAAGCAUGGGACGCCGAUGAGACGCUGGCUUUAAGUCGAAUGUCAACAUUGGGUACGAGAUCAUCAACAGAAUCUCUCAAGACUAGAAACACCCCAUAUGAAGAACCGACACCUCCAAGUCAGGAUGAAAAAUGGAAUCAAUUAUAUGCCAAAGCCGAACAGGAUGCAGAGAGGGAACGAGAAAUGAACCAGAAUGUUGCAAUAAAGAAGAACUCAACAGUCGAGAUAUUACAAAAUAAUCUUGAUAUAUUUCAACGUACGAUUGAAUGGACGAUAGAUCACGCUGCAUGUUCAUUCAGUUUACCAACUGAAUUUAAAGUUUCUGGACAAGAACACAUUCUUGACGAUGAUGACAAAAUAAAAAUGAAAAUUGAUCCAACAAAAAUGAGCCUCGAUGGCAUAACUCUGGCACAGUUAGAGGAAGUAAACAAUGGAUGGAUAAAUUUCAUCACAAGGACUCUCCGUGAUGGGGUGGCAAAAGAACCAAAUAAUCCGAUAGCAGAAUAUGAGUUAUGGGUUGAACGUGAACGUGAAUGCCACAAUUUGAUAGAACAGUUGAAGUCUCCAUUUGCUGUAAUGAUAUUUGACAAAUUGAAAAGUGAAAAUUCCAAAGUGCUUGAUAAUUGGCCCUCAUUGAUCGAAAAGCUUCAGUCAGAACGUGACUUGGCUCGAGAAAAUGCUGAAUAUUUGUCUACACUGCAGGAGUAUUUUGUUAAAAUUCAAGAGGAGAGCAACUUCUCCUUUAUCAUCUCGAUUAUACCUAACAUGAUGGCUGGCUUGAGACAUAUUUGGACGAUGUCAAGCUACUUCUGUAUCGAUGCGAACAUGUUACUUCUCCUAUCAAAGAUAUCAAACAUUUUCACCGUCAAAGUCAUGAAGCUCAUUGAUCUCGAAAAGAUAUUUAGUCUCCCAGCAACAGCUGCUUACACGCGUGCUCAAGAGUGCGUGGAGUUAUUACAGUGUUGGAAGUCGUCUUAUAUGGAGACGAGAGCGUACAUAGAAGAGUCAGGAAUUGGAUCACGGUGGGAGUUUGACAAGAAAAUCUUGUUUGGUCUUGUUGAUCAUACAACGCGCAUCAGUCAAGACAUUUCCAAUGUUGCAAAGAUAUUCUAUGAGUUUGAAAAUAUGUUUGGUUAUCGUUUACGUUCCAAUGUUGCUGACCCUGAAGAAGUUGACAUUAUGCUUAAAAAAGUUUAUCGCUUGCUUAGUCACAUUUUAAACGUUGACUAUGAUAUUUUUGUGCCAAACAACAAAGAUAAUUGGGAAGCAACACUAGAUUAUUUUUAUAAAUGUACGGAUAUUGUUGAAAAUGAAGCUCGUAAUGUGUUGGAUCAAUGUAUUGAUUCCUUAAAGUCAGCUGAGCAAGGCUUGGAAUUGGUUUCAUAUUUGAAUAAAAUUGAAACUCGGAAAAAGCUUUUAAAACAUUUGCUUUUGAAGAGAGAAAGUAUUAUGAGGAAAUUUUUAACUGAAGUUGAAAUCGUCGAAAGCGAGUUUUUGAAAUAUCGGAAAAAUCCUCCACUUCAAAGAAAUCAAAGCAAAUACUCGGGGGCUGUAAUAUGGGAACGUUUACUAUUCGAUAAAUUGAAGAAAUCCGUAACAGCGUUUCGAAGCAAACAGAUGGAAGAAGAUGAUAAUUCUGAGCAAAACGCUUUAAAACAAUCGGCUUUCAAUCAAUACUAUGCAAUGUUACAAGAAAUAACAUUAUUUGAGAAUGAAAUGUUUGCUCAAUUUUCACAAGACGGAACUUUUAUUGUAAACAAUGUAUUGAAGCGAAACAUCCUGAAACUGAAAUUUAUAACAUUGCCUGAAGAGUUGAAAGAAGAAAUUUUGAGAAAGGAAGAGCCACAGUCAAUGUCUCCUAUGCAAUCUCAAAAGCCUUCUCGUUCCAUCAGCAAAGUGAAGUCAAAGGCACCAGUAGGAUUCUUAGAAACAGUCACGCCAAAGAAAUCCAUAACAGCGAAAUCAAAGUUCAGUAUGUUUUCAAAAGCUAUUCAAUGGAUGGCCAAUCGACCAAGCAACGACAAUCCAGAUUUGGCGCUUGCGGAAAAAUUAAUGAAAGCAUCAGAAAGUUCGAUGAGCAUGAGAAGUUCAUCUAAAGGUAUACGAGAAUCAAGAACUGACUUCAAAGUCUCUCAAGCCAAGUAAAUAUUCGAUGUUAUGAUUGAAGGUCAACAGUUUGAAUUUUUGGGUUUAACAUUAAAUCCAGUCAUCAGAAUGGCCAUCAUGCGAAAAAUCCAUUUUUUGCGUGAUAAGCUAUACGAUGCAGAGUCAACAAUUCAAGCUGGUCUUGGUCGUUAUACAUGGCAAACGCUAAACAUUCAGCAUUUCUGUGAGAAAUGCGAGAAAUUAUUGAAGUCGUUAUCAGCUAUCGUUGUGCAAAUUGGGAUCAUGGGAAAGAAAAUCCGGUCAAAAGUUAACAAUGUGGAAUCUUUUUCAUUAUUUUCAAAUGACAUGAGUGUGGCUAAGAAAAAAGGACUGAGUGAUGAAAAGUUGCCACUCACAUUAAACAAUUGUUCAUCGAAGUUGGGAAAAUCAAGCGAAACUCCGGAUGAUGAUUUAAAUAAUUUUGAAAAGCGACGAAAGAAAAGCGUUCGAAUUGUCGAGAGCGAUGACAGCAUUAAGCCGUGCUUGGAAUUUUUUAAAAGUCUCGAACUCGAUCGUAACGAUAAAACAAACAAACUGCAAAAACUUUACAAUUCCAUUGGUCCAAGCAUGAUAAAGCUUGAAUCUCUGAUUCUGGGCUCGUUCACUGGUGAAUCAGAGAAAAUGAGCUUUUAUUAUAUUUACUGGGAAAAAGAAUUAUUUUCUACUCUGAUGCGCUUCACUCUUCGAAAUCUUCAAGAAUUUUGCGAUAAAUUGAAGUGUAGUAACGUGAUUUUUGAGGUUGAUGCGGUCUUGGCAGCACCGGAAAUUAUCAUGAAGCCAACAGCUAAUGAGAUCUACAAUAUUAUGGUUCAUUCAGUGAAGGACUUUCUUGAACGAUUGAAAGCCUUCAGACGAUGGAUGUCAGAAACUGCUAAAAGCUGUCCGCCUACCAAACUGGAUAACAAUGAGACUUAUGUAUUUAGCUUUUACGAAGACAUCGUUCAGAUUCCAAAAGUUUGCGAACUUGUUAUGAAUUUGCAACAAACUAUUCAGAACUCAAUAUCUGAUGUUCAAUCUUAUUUAUCACGGUGGCAUAAAUACAAGAGUUUAUGGAUGAACGAUAAGAAUGUCGUGUGCGAUAAGUACUUAAAUCGUGGCAUUUCACUUGUAAGAUUAGAUGAGAAAUUUAUUUUCUUCACUCAAAUCAUCAACGAUUUGGAGAACGUUAAGCCUUAUCACGAUAUGAAAUCCAUUCGGAUUAAUUUGCGUCCCCUCAUUCAUGCAAUUAUCGAGCAUGCUGUCGAAUGGCGUAAUACCCUUGGAAAUAUGUUGUCGGAUCGGACCAGUGUCGAGAUGGUUGCAAUGAAUAGCGAGUUUAAGUUUCCCUACGGCGAUAUGUUGAUGGCAUUUCAUUUGGAAAAGCGAUGGAAAAAGUUGUUUAGUUCAGCUUUAUAUCGUUCAAAAACGUUGCACUCAACAAAAGUAAAAUUCUCGCAAAUGACAGCAAAUGAUAUUGAAAAGUUUAAGCAAGAGCUGGACGAGUUUGUAAACAAAUUCGAGAUUGAAGGUCCCGGUGUUGAGGAAGAUAUGGACAAAGGACAGAAAUUAAUGCAAAUAUAUGCUGUGGAAUUUGAAAAGUUAGAAGCUGUUCGCUCGGAAAUGGUUAAUGCUGAGAAGCUUUUUGACAUUGAAGUUACUGAUUACGGACGUUAUUUGAAUGUCAAAGGAGAAUUUGAGCAAAUGCAAGUAAUUUAUAAACUUUAUCAAGCACAGAAAACAGCUAGACAAACUUGGGGAAAGACUCUAUGGGUGAACCUAAAUACUCAAGCAUUAACUGAUGGAAUCGAUAAUUACAUCAAAGAUUUUCGUAAACUUCCAAAACCCAUACGUCAAAUGUCAAUAGCUGGCGUCUUAGAACAAAUUAUGAAGCAAUUCAAGAAUGUUGUACCGCUCUUAGCAAGUCUUAAACAUGACGCACUACGCGAACGUCAUUGGAAGAAACUCAUGAUGAAAACAGGGCAAUCUUUCGACAUGUCACCAGAUCGAUUCUCCUUGGACAACAUGUUCUCAAUGAAAUUGCACAAAUAUCAAGAGAUUGUCGAAGAAAUUGUUAUGAAUGCAAACAAAGAACUCUCCAUUGAGCAAGGAGUGAAGGAAAUUGCUACACUAUGGGAAACAAUCAAAUUUUCCGUCAUCAGACACACAAUGGGAAACAAUAUUGAUCGGGGAUUUAUCCUUGGACCAACAGAUGAAAUAACACUAAUACUGGAAGACAAUUCAAUGAACUUACAAUCAAUGAGCGCUUCGCCAUUCAUCGGUCCAUUUAUGUCGACUGUUUUAAAAUGGGAAAAAUGUCUUACACUAGUUUCAGAGAUUAUUGAAGAAUGGUUAGCAACACAAAGAAAAUGGUUAUAUCUCGAAGGGAUCUUUGUUUGUGGAGAUAUUCGUGAUCAAUUACCAGAUGAAGCAAAAAGCUUUGAUGAUAUCGAUACAGCAUUUCGAAGGCUUAUGAAAGAGACGGCAGAAAAACUUCUUGUGAUUGAUAUUUGCAUUGUGGAUGAGCGUCUUUCAAAUAUUCGAACAUUGAAUACUAAUUUGGACAGGUGUCAGAAGUCAUUAAACAACUAUCUCGAUAUCAAGCGACGAAUAUUUCCUCGCUUUUAUUUUAUUUCGACAGAGGAACUUUUAUCGAUUCUAGGCAGCAGUCGAAAGGAUUGUGUUCAAGAACAUAUGAUAAAAAUGUUUGACAACAUCAAGUCAUUGACAUUUGCAAGUCCUUCAUCUGGUGGUCAGGUCGUGACAGCAAUGAAUUCAGUUGAAGGCGAGAUAAUGCAGUUCAAAAAUCAAGUGUCAACUGACGGAAAUGUUGAAGAUUGGAUGAAUGCUGUUCUAUCUGAAAUGCGAUAUAGUAAUCGAUAUAUUACGAAGAAAGCGAUUUUUGAUUAUGGAAAGAACAAAGAAAUGUCGAGACCAGAUUGGACUAUGAUGUAUCAAGGAAUGGUUUGUUUAGCUGCUAACCAAGUUUGGUGGACAUCUGAGGUUGAAGAAGUCUUCCAGAAAGUAGCUAAAGGAAAUAAACGUGCUAUGAAAGAAUAUUUGGAAAGUCAAAAUAAACAAAUUGAUGACCUUGUCAAAAAGGUUCGUGAAAAUCUAACAAUGAACGAUCGAACAAAGUUUAAAACAAUUGCAACAAUCGAUGUUCAUGCUCGUGAUAUUAUUGAAACUUUUGUCCGUGAUAGCGUCCUUGAUGCCCAAGAAUUUGGAUGGGAAAGUCAAUUAAGGUUCUAUUGGAUGAAAGAUAUUGACAACUUGUAUGUGGUUCAAUGUACAGGAAAGUUUGAAUACGGAUAUGAGUACAUGGGAUUGAACGGACGUUUGGUCAUCACUCCAUUAACCGAUCGUAUUUAUUUGACAAUCACUCAGGCAUUGGUAAUGAAAUUGGGUGGAGCUCCAGCUGGCCCUGCUGGAACGGGUAAAACGGAAACUACGAAAGACUUGGCAAAAGCCAUGGCAUUGCUAUGCAUGGUAACAAAUUGCGGAGAAGGCAUGGACAAUCGUGCUGUGGGUACAAUUUUAGCAGGAUUAUCGCAAUGCGGUGCCUGGGGCUGUUUCGAUGAAUUCAAUCGAAUUGAUUUAUCAGUAUUGAGUGUGAUAUCGUCACAAUUGCAAACAAUAAGGAGCGCUUUAUUGGCCAACAAGGAGAAAUUUAUGUUUGAAGGUCAAGAAAUCUCGCUCGAUUCUAAAGUUGGCGUCUUUAUCACAAUGAAUCCUGGUUAUGCUGGAAGAACUGAGCUACCGGAAUCUAUCAAGGCUCUUUUCCGACCUGUCACUUGCAUCAUGCCAGACUUGGAGUUAAUUUGUCUAAUUUCAUUAUUUAGCGAUGGAUUUCUUACGGCUAAAGUGCUUGCUAAGAAAAUGACAGUUCUUUACAAAUUGGCUCGUGAGCAAUUAUCGAAACAAUAUCAUUACGAUUGGGGCCUGCGUUCACUGAAUUCCGUCCUUCGAAUGGCUGGCGUUGCUAAGCGUCAAACGCCUGAAGCUUCCGAAUCUGUCGUUUUGAUGCGCGUCUUACGUGACAUGAAUUUUCCCAAAUUCAUAUUUGAAGAUGUUCCGCUGUUUUUGGGUUUACUAAAAGACUUAUUUCCUGGCGUUGAGUGCCCGCGUGUCGGUUAUCCGGAGCUCAACGAAACCGUCAAAAAGAUUUUACAGCAGAACGGAUUCAUUUUACUGUUGGAUCAGGUUGACAAAGUAGUCCAAAUGUAUGAAACGAUGUUAACGCGACAUUGUACGAUGGUUGUGGGCCCAACAGGUGGCGGCAAGUCAGUUGUGAUAAAUACGUUGGUCAAAGCACAAACCGCGAUGGGAAUCACAACGAAAUGUGUUACUUUAAAUCCAAAGGCAUGUUCCGUAAUCGAAUUGUACGGUUAUCUCGACUUGGAAAGUCGAGACUGGCUUGAUGGAUUGUUUUCCAACAUCUUUCGAGAAAUGAAUAGAAAUACUGGCGAUGAUGUGAACGUGCGAAGCUACGUGUGCUUUGAUGGUGAUGUUGAUGCCUUAUGGAUUGAAAAUAUGAAUUCAGUGAUGGAUGACAAUAGGCUUUUGACACUAGCAAAUGGUGAAAGAAUUCGUCUUGAUCCUCGUUGUGCACUUCUGUUUGAAGUCGGUAAUCUUGAAUAUGCUUCGCCUGCCACCGUCAGUCGUGCUGGAAUGGUCUAUGUGGAUCCCAAAAACUUGGGAUAUGAGCCAUAUUGGCAACGAUAUAUCGGCACUCGACGAGAACACGAACGUGAAAAAUUUCAUGAUUUGUAUGAGCGUCUCGUGCCAGAACUGAUGGAAUUUGUACACGAAGGAAUCGAUGGAACGAGCCAAACUUUCGAACCUCUAAAGACGAUUGUAAUGCAAAGUGAACUCAACAUGCUGACACAAUUGUGCAAAAUGUUAGAUGCAAUUUUGCCGCACACGGAAAACGAUAAAAUCAUUUACGAUGAUGAAGUGAUAGAAUGUGCUUUUGUAGAGAGUCUUUAUUGUUCCUUUGGAGCUUCUCUUAUUGAUGAUAGUCGAACGCGUUUCGACAUAUUCAUGAAAAAAUUAAAUCCUCUUAUGACAGUUCAAGAUUCCAUUGACAAACCAGCGAAUACAACGCAAUGUCCAAGUUCGAAAGAGACUUUAUAUGAAUAUUUCUUUGAUCUUGAACGCAGAGAGUGGAUUGCUUGGGAUUGGUUGGUUCCUGAAUACAUUCACAAUCCUACGAUAAAGUUUAGUGACAUUCUCGUACCAACUGUUGACACUUUGAGGACUAAUUGGAUUCUUAGUUUAAUGAACGAGUUAAAGCAUCCGGUAGUUUUGGUUGGUGAAACCGGCACAUCAAAAACCGCAAUUAUAUCAAACUUUCUCAGAAACAUUAAUCCAGAUCGUUAUAUUGUAUUAAAUAUAAAUUUUUCAUCGCGAACAACAUCGUUGGAUGUGCAAAGGACAAUUGAAGCCGCCGUUGAGAAGAGAACAAAAAACGUUUUUGGUCCACCUGUUGGUAAAAAGCUAAUUGCAUUUGUCGAUGAUAUGAACAUGCCUAAAGUGGAUAACUAUGGCACUCAACAGCCCAUUGCUUUGUUGAAGCUUUUUGUUGAAUGUGGCGGAAUGUACGACCGUGGAAAAGAUCUGAAUUGGAAGUUCUUUCGUGAUGUGUCGUUCAUUACGGCAAUGGGGAAAGCUGGUGGAGGACGUAACGAAGUAGAUCCACGCUUCAUAUCGAAAUUUGCCGUUUUCAAUUUACAAUUUCCUCUCAAUUCGACGUUAAAGCAUAUUUACGGAAGUAUUUUGAAGGGUCAUUUGCUGAAAUUCGCCAAUACUGUUCAAGCUGUUGCUGAUGUUAUUGUUGAAAUGACUUUGGACUUGUUUAAAAUUGCCACAAUUGAGUUACCACCCACACCAUCAAAAUUCCAUUACAUCUUCAACUUAAAAGAUUUAUCGCGUAUUUAUGGUGGAAUAUCCAUGAUUCAGCCUCAAAAUUUUGAAGAGCCACGUCAAUUAGCCCGAGUUUGGCGCAAUGAAUUUACGCGAGUGUUUUGCGAUCGAUUAAUAUUUGAAGACGAUAUCGCUUUGCUACAUAAUCGAAUGAAUGAAUUGGUACAGAAAAACUUUCAAAAGCCAGCACAACGAUCACGACCAACAACAAUUUCCUUCCGUGCUGAAAAAGUUGAGAAGAAGGAUUCAUUAUCAGAUAUGCCAGCAGAUCAAUUUAUAAUGCGAGAUCCGUUAUUAUUUGGUGAUUAUCGACAUGGUGUGGUCGAUGACGAGGCGAGAAUUUACGAAGAUCUCUUAGAUUUCACAGCUGUUAUGCAUCUCUUUCGUGAGAUUAUGGAUGAAUACAAUGAUCGUCAUGGAAAUAUGGAUUUGGUGUUAUUUGAUGAUUGUCUUGAUCAUUUAACGAGAGUUCACCGUGUGCUGAGAAUUCACAAAGGCCAUGUGAUGUUGAUUGGUGUAGGUGGAUGUGGAAAACAUAGCGUAGCACGAUUGGCUGCUUUUGCAGCACGCUGUGAAGUAUUUGAAAUAAAGCUGAGUCGUGGUUACAAUGAAACAUCAUUCAAAGAAGAUUUAAAAAUUCUUUUCAACAAUUUAAUGACGAAGUCAACAAUCUUCCUGUUUUCGUCAGCACAAAUUGCGGAAGAAGGAUUUCUGGAGUUCAUAAAUAAUAUUCUCACCAUUGGAACAGUGCCAGCGCUAUUUACUGACGAGGAGAAAGAUACGAUAAUUGGUAAUUGCCGGGAUGCUGCAAAAGAAGCUGGAUAUUCCGUUUCAAAAGACAGUGUUUGGAAAUAUUUCACAGACAAAUGUUCGGAGAAUUUGCAUGUGGUCUUAUCGAUGUCGCCCUCGGGGGAUUCAUUGCGUAAUCGUUGCCGUAGCUUUCCUGGUCUUGUUGGUAAUACGACAAUCGAUUGGAUUUUCCCAUGGCCAAAGCAAGCCUUAAAAUCUGUCGCACGAGGAUAUAUUUCAGAGAAUCGAAAAAUCCCUGACAUUUAUAAAGAGCCAAUCAAUGAUCAUGUCGUUCAUGUGCAUGAAUCAUUGAGACAUUAUACUCAAGAAUACGCAACUAUUCUUCGACGAAGAAAUUAUGUUACACCGAAACAUUAUCUUGAUUAUGUCACCACUUAUGUUCGUCUGUUGGAUGAAAAAAUCUCAUAUAUCACGAAACAAAUGUCACGUUACUCUGACGGCGUUAGAAAGAUUGAAGAUGCAUCAUCUCAGAUUGAUUUGUUGCGAGUUGAAGUUGAGAAAACCAAAACGGAAGCAACGAAGGCAGCUAAAGUAUGCAAUGAUGUUGUGUACGACAUUGAGAGCUCCACGGAAAAAGUCAUGAAAAAGAAAAAGGAAGCAACAGAAAAAUCAACUGAAGUGGAACUAAAUCGCAAGCAAAUUACAGUGGAGCAGGAAGAAGCUGAAGAAGCACUUCGUCAAGCGUUACCCGAUCUUGAAAAUGCUCGCACUGCACUUGAUACGCUUCAAAAGAAAGAUAUUACGGAAAUUCGUUCUUUUGCCAAUCCACCUGAGCCCGUUCAAAUCAUUUGCGAAUGUGUUGCCAUUCUUAAAGGUCUGAAAGAUAUUUCAUGGAAGACGGCAAAAGGAAUGUUGGCCGAAACAAACUUUUUAAAGAGUCUUCAGGAAAUGAAUUGUGAUCUAAUAACCGUAAAACAAGUUACAAGUUGUCGAGCACAUAUGAAGAAGACAACAAAAAUGGAUGAAAUGAAAACAAUUUCAAAGGCUGGUUAUGGUCUUUUGAAAUUUGUUCAAGCUGUCUUGAAGUAUUGUGACACUUAUCGAAUAGUCAAACCGAAACAAGAUCGCGUUGAGUUUUUGCAAAAUGAUUUGGAAGAGAAAGCAAAAAUUCUCGAGUAUCUGCGACUUGAAGUUGAGAGUUUAGAAAAGGAACUUGAUGGACUUAACACGAAGUAUAAAGAGUCACUGGCGUUGAGACAAAAGUUCAGCGACCAACUUGAAGUGUCAGAGAAGCGUUUAAAUGCAGCGGAUCGCCUAGUUACUGGUUUACUUUCAGAGAAGAUUCGAUGGUCGGAAGAAUUGAAAAUUCUGAACGUUGAUAAAGAAAAUAUCAUCGGGACGUGCUUAUUGUCAGCGUCAUUUAUGGCUUAUGCGGGACCUUUUUCAUGGGAUUUCCGCAAAGUCAUGAUUAAGGAUUGGCUUGAUGAUCUGAUAAGUCACGGGGUUCCUGUUACAACACCAUAUCAUAUUGAAGAGAGCUUAUCAAAUAACGUCGAGAUCAGCACAUGGUCGUCCGAAGGACUUCCGCCUGAUGAAUUAUCCGUUCAAAAUGGGAUUCUAACGACACGCUCAUCACGAUUCUCUCUAUGCAUUGAUCCACAACAACAAGCUUUGACAUGGAUAAAGAAACGGGAAUUUCACAAUAAUUUAAAAGUUUUAUCGUUUAAUGACUCCGAUUUUUUGAAGCAUCUUGAAUUAGCUAUGAAGUUUGGAACUCCAGUGUUGUUUCAAGACGUUGAUGACUACAUCGAUCCAGUAAUUGGCAAUAUUUUGGAGAAAAAUUUUCGCAUCGUUUCGGGACAAAGAUUUGUAUUGUUAGGUGACAAAGAAGUCGAUGUUGAUGAUAACUUCCGAUUAUAUUUGACAACGAAAAUAGCAAAUCCAUCACUUGAUCCGUCAGUUUAUGCAAAAGCGUUGGUGAUUAAUUACGCAGUCACUGUUGACGGUCUUGUUGAUCAAUUACUGAGUGUCGUGGUGCGAGAAGAGCGACCCGAUUUGGAAGAACAGAGAGAGAUGCUCAUUGAAGAGACGAGCAUAAACAAAAGUCUUUUGUCGACUCUUGAAAAUUCGCUUUUGCGUGAAUUGUCGAAUUCCACCGGUAACAUGUUGGACAAUGAAGAUUUAAUUCACACACUUGAAAAUUCAAAAUUGAAAGCAGCUGAAGUGGCUGGAAAAUUGGAACUGGCAGCGGCAACAUCACUUGACAUUGACAUGACUCGAAGCGAAUAUCGUCCGGUGUCACAACGUGGCGCACAUUUGUUCUUUGUUCUCGCAGAUUUAGGUGUGAUAAGCCCAAUGUACCAAUAUUCACUUGCAUCUUAUCUUAUAGUUUUUAAGAUGGCUUUACGUAAGGCAUUGCCUGACUUUGAACUUGAACAGAGACUUUUCAACAUUUUAACGACGUUAACUAAGAACGUCUACGAUUAUGGAUGCAAAGGAAUCUUCGAAAAGCAUAAACUUUUAUAUUCCUUUCAACUGACAGCAAAAUUACAACAAAGUGUUGGGAAAUUGACGCAACAAGAAAUUGAUUUCUUCAUUAAAGGUUCAGUGACGUUGGAAAAAAGUGAAAAAGUUUGCCCAGUGAAAUGGUUGAACGAUAAAGGCUGGCAAGAUUUGCUACAGCUUUCAAAGGAUUUUCCUGAUGAUUUCGGUUCCCUUCCAGAUCACUUUUGUGAUAACCACGAGGAAUGGAAAAUUUGGUAUGACUUGGACGCACCUGAACGUGUUGAAUGUCCUGGAAAUUUCACCAAAGGGUUGUCGUCAUUUAGUAAGAUUAUGUUGCUUCGCUGUUUCCGUCAAGAUAGAAUCUACCUUGCCAUAAACUCUUACGUGACUGAAAUCAUGGGAGAAGAAUUUGUAACACCCCCGGUCAUGUAUGGUGGACGCGUAAUUGAUGAUUUCGAUAGACGCAUCGUACGUGUUUACAUGGAUGAAUAUAUGGGCGAUUUUCUGUUUGACACAUUUCAACCCUUUCAUUUUUAUCAUGAUGACAGUGUUGACUAUCGAAUACCCAUCGCUCAACAACGAGAAGAGUUUAUUGAUGCAACCGAUUCAUUACCUUUCGCAAAUACACCGGAAGUAUUUGGUUUGCAUCCGAAUGCUGAAAUCAACUACUAUGGCGAAGCGACACGACAAAUAUGGAAUCAUUUAAUUGAAUUACAACCACAAACAGGAUCUGCCUAUGGUGGAAUAAGUCGUGAUCAAUUCAUUGACAACAUUGCAGUUGAGAUUUUGAAAAAACUACCAGCACCAUUUGAAAUUUGGCGAAUAAAGAAAUCUUUUGCAAUGAAUGUUACACCAACAUUGAUUGUUUUGUUGCAAGAACUGGAACGAUUCAAUCGGCUUCUCGAAAGAAUGUUGAGUACAUUAAAGCUUUUGAGAAAGGCUUUGGCAGGUGAGAUUGGAAUGGAUUUAACGAUUGAAGAAAUUUCCAAUGCAUUGUUCACUGGACAACUUCCUAACGAUUGGAGAAGAUUAGCACCUGAAACAUGUAAAUCGUUGCCCAAUUGGCUUGAUCACUUAAGCCAUCGUGCUGUUCAAUAUCGUUAUUGGUCUUCAUCUGGCGAACCUUUAGUAAUGUGGUUGUCAGGACUUGCAAUCCCAGAAAGCUUUCUCACAGCCCUCGUUCAAAUGGCUUGCCGUAAAAACAAUUGGCCAUUAGAUCGUUCUACACUUUUCACAAUCGUCUCAGACUUUGCCGAUCCCGAUGAUGUUGAAGAACGUCCUGAGUCGGGUUGCUAUGCACACGGCAUGUUUUUGGAAGGCGCCAGAUGGAAUCUUAAGAAUAAAUGCCUGGAGAAGUCAUUACCAAAAGUGCUUAUUGAGCCUUUACCAAUCUUAUCAAUUCAACCGAUUGAAGCUCAUCGCCUCAAGUUACAAAACACAUUUCGGACGCCUGUUUACACAACAUCAAAACGUCGGAAUGCAAUGGGUAUUGGGCUUGUAUUUGAAGCUGAUCUUGGGACAGAAGAGCAUGUGAAUCGAUGGAUAUUGCAAGGUGUCUGUUUGACAUUGAACGACGAUUAAAUUUUAUGCAAAGCUUCCAAAGCAAUGAAGACAAACAUUAGAAAGACUUUUAUUUUUAUAUCUACUUUUCUUAAAAUUUCUAAAUCGUCAAUAAACCAAAUCCUCCAUAAACUAUGAUAAUCUUUUGACUUCCCUUUGUUAACUUCAAGGCAAAAUAAA